AUGUCUUUUCGCAAGAGAAAUAUAGGCUUGUCGGCUGGCGCGGAUCGUGCGUCUGGUCAGAAUCCCACCGCGCCUGUGCUGCAAGCUGCAGCUGCGCCGGAAUCGAAUCCCGGUAUUCGACCCUCUCCCGACGAUGGACGACCGACUACUUCGACGGGCGCGCCGUCGCUGGAUAAUCUCCUUGCCGGGCACGGUGGACUCCCGAUUGGAAAGACAUUGUUGAUUGAGGAGAACGGGACUACGGAUUUUGCGGGCGCAUUGCUACGCUACUAUGCGGCCGAAGGUGUUGUGCAGGAUCAGAGAGUUCACGUCGUCGGAAUGCCCGAGCAAUGGGGCAGAAGUCUUCCGGGUCUGAUUGGGCCUGCAGAAGCUGCGGAUGAUAAACAAGACAAGCGCAAAGGCGAGAAGAUGAAGAUUGCUUGGAGAUAUGAGCGGUUGGGCGAAUUUGGGACUGGAGUGGCUGGAUCAAGAGACACAGCUUCUGCUGCGCCCACCGGGGAUCAAAGUCAACAGACCGGAAACCAGGCGGAGCAACCGGCGUUUUGCCACGCCUUCGAUCUCACGAAGCGUCUGACCCAUCCGGGUAUCACAAACAUAACCUACGUUCCGCUCGCACCGUCCAAGGAGCCAUUGUUUGUCUCAGUCCACAAGCGACUGCAGGCCGCCAUCGCUCAGAGUCCACCAAAUACCGUCCACCGCAUUAUCCUGCCUUCCUUGCUUAACCCCACGAUAUACCCACCCGAAGUCUGCCAGCCCGAGAAUUUAUUGCCAUUCCUCCAUUCCCUCAAGGCGCUGCUGAGUUCGCCCAACGUGCGUGCAACGGCCAUGAUCACAAUGCCAUUGUCCCUGUUCCCGCGGUCUUCCGGCCUUGUGCGAUGGAUGGAAAUCUUGAGCGACGGAGUGUUCGAGUUGUGUCCUUUCCCCCAUUCCGCAGACGCCCUUGCAGCCUCGGGAGCCGCGACAGCUCAUGAGGAACCACCGCAGGGCAUGCUCAAGGUGCACCGCUUGCCCGUGCCACAUGAACGUGGCGGAGGCAGUGAUCAGAAUAUCGGGCAGGACUGGGCGUUUACACUGAGUCGGAAGAGGUUCGAGGUUAAGCCGUUCAGUCUACCGCCGGCUGAAGGAGACAAGGAGGCGCAGGACGGAGCUGCAGCGGGUGGGAUGCCUAAGAAAGCAGAUCUCGAAUUCUGAGCAGAAAAAACCACCACAGAUGUAGAAACGACAUCGAUCAUUCUUCGCGGUCAGAUUCCACCAGGUUCUCCAGCUCGAUUUGUUCGGACAUCGCAGGCCCAGAAGAGGCCAUUGUGCGGAGGUAAUCUCUUCCGUACGCGUCGAGACCCGGUCUCAGCGGAACUCUGGGGAAUUGGGAGCGAAACCGACUUCCGAGACACGACGACAACGCCAGCCAAACUGUCGAGGUUAGCCCAACACGAGCAUUCGAGGGUCAGAGUACUCACCCAAGAGUAAGAGGACGGGUGUAAAGAACACCAGAAACAUCAAAAGGAAGAAGUUCAUGGUGGC